AAAGCUGUCCCGAGGGGCUCCGGCCAGCUCAGCGGGCUGGCAGGCUGGAGCAAUGGGUGACUGGAGCCUUCUGGGGAGACUAUUGGAGAAUGCACAGGAGCACUCCACGGUCAUUGGCAAGGUCUGGCUGACAGUCCUGUUCAUCUUCCGGAUCCUGGUGCUGGGAGCUGCUGCCGAGGAAGUAUGGGGAGAUGAGCAGUCAGACUUCACCUGCAACACCCAGCAGCCAGGCUGUGAGAACGUCUGCUAUGACAAAGCCUUCCCUAUCUCCCACACCCGCUUCUGGGUGCUGCAGAUCAUCUUCGUGUCCACUCCCACCCUCAUCUACCUGGGGCACGUGCUGCACAUCGUGCGCAUGGAAGAGAAGAAGAAAGGGCGGGAGGAAGAGCAGCUGAAGGGAGGCAGCCAGCACCUCAGACUGGCUAGGCAGUGUGGGCCCAGCAACCAUGGCCAGAAGGACAAACCCCUUCUGCAGGAUGACCGGGGCAAGGUCCGAAUUGCUGGGGCUCUGCUCCAGACUUAUGUUUUCAACAUCAUUUUUAAGACACUAUUUGAAGUGGGCUUCAUCGCUGGACAGUACUUUCUGUAUGGCUUUGAGCUGAAGCCACUCUACCACUGUGACCGGUGGCCCUGCCCCAACAUCGUGGACUGCUUCAUCUCCAGGCCCACGGAGAAGACCAUCUUCAUCAUUUUCAUGCUGGUUGUGGCCUGCCUGUCCCUCUUACUCAACGUGCUGGAGAUAUACCACCUGGGCUGGAAGAAGCUUAAACAGGGCAUGACCAACCAUUAUUGCCCAGACACCACUGAAUACAGGAUGGGGGCGAUAAAACCUGGGGGAGUGAGCCCACUGCCCUCCUACCCUGUUCCAACCACCAGUACUAUGGGGUACCCUCUUUACUAUACUCACUCUGCCUCUUCCAUGGAACAAGCAGUGGCCGCAGAUCAUCCUGGCUUCACUCCACCAGCAACAGACUUCAAUGUGGUAGCUCUUUCCCAGACGCAGGGGAAGGGCCGCCCUGACAAAUUCUAUGAUAGUAACCAUCACCUGCUAAUGACAGAGCAGAAUUGGGCCAACCAGGAGCCUGAGCAGCAGACUUCUGUGAGGAAGAUCUCCCCACUUCCCCCAGCCAACUCCUCAGGAGCCUGUCCCAUUGGAGAAUGGGGACCACAGCAUCUUGAGAGAGAGCAGAUUGGAAGUUACUCCUGA